GUAAAAAUAGGAAUAUGCUUAUUAAGUGUGAUGUUGUGAUUGUAAAUAGACUUGCUCCACAUCUUGAAUCAAGAAAGUGCCACACGACUAUUACUUUAGGAAAGUCAUCUAAUGCAAGUAUAUUUUUUAUACUUCAUACAACCAAGAAUAAAAGUGGAACAAAGUACUUGGUAAAAAACAACAUUUUACAAGUACAUCGACGAUUUAUUGAUGAAGGAAAGUGCACAAUAAGUAUGAAGGAGCCAACACAUGACAUUGUUAUAUCAAAGGGUGCAGCUGUUGAUCUCAAAAAGUUUUUAUUAGUCUUGCAUCUUGCUUUACAUGACAAAGAUGUAUCUUCUCAAGUUGAUUUAGAUAAUGUGUUGCUACCAAAACACUGUGAUCUUGAAAAGCCAAAGACGUCUUUAUCAAUUCAUGAGAAGUCAUCUUAUCCAAUAAAAACUUCCUUUCCUAUUCUGUUAGAAAAAUUAGAAAUUAACAAUUGCUUUUUAAAGAAAUUUGACAUAAGAAUUUUGAAAUUAGUAAAUUUAAAAAGACUAGACCUCAGUUCUAACUGUUUGAAUAGUCUACCUGUGUCAAUGGAUAUGUUAACAAGUUUAAAUUAUAUAUGUUUGUCUAAUAAUCUUUUUACAGAAUUUCCAAUGAGUUUGCUUGCUAUCAGUUUUACGAAAAGUUUAAAGUUUCUUGAUAUUUCCAGCAAUAAAAUAAAGUAUUUACCAAGUAGACUUUCUGAUUUAAAUGAGCUUGUAACAUUAAAUUUAGCGAAAAACGAAAUAGAAUAUCUUCCAGGUAAUUUUGGUUUGUUAAAAAAUUUAAAAUACCUGUAUAUGAGUGGAAAUCUUUUAAACACAAUUCCAUGGACUUUUCAACGUUUGAGAUUGAUUCACUUUGAGUUUGACAAUGCAUUAUGUAAUUCCUAUAACGCAUCAUCUUCAGUUUACAAUCCUUUUGAACCUAUUCAUAGUUUAUUUGAGUUAGCUGCAAGAUGUAUCAUUAAAAACAGGGUUGGGUUUUGUACUGAUUUAAUACCCCGAUCUAUUGCGACCCAAUUAAAUAAUGCUAAAUUUUGUCCGUGUAAUUCACCGUGCAUAUCGAACUAUAUUCCUUACGUAAAAUCAUUUGAUUUGUGUCAAGUUUCUCAAGAGCUUUCUACCGAUGGAUGCCGUGCCGGUGGAAAAUUGAUGGCCAAUAUGAUUGGAUAUUUAUGCUGUAUGAAAUGCUAUAAAAAGUGGCAAAUAAAUCCCAAUACUUUGUUUACAGAUAACGAAUAAUUUUCUAUAAUUUU